CCAAACCAAAGAGGAGUUAAUGGCCGCCAAAAGGCGCAGAGAAAACGCGCGGAUCUAUCAGUCGAUGGCUGUGGACAUCAACAGCCAUUGCGAGCGCACGGAAUCGCUGAAGAAGUUGCGAGACUUAGAGGUCGAGAUCCGGCGAUUGCAGGCCUCGAGGGCUCAAUUGGACAGUAAGAUCGAGGCGCGUAGGGAUCCGUUUCGGGUGAUGGUAGAGGCGGCCCAACAGCAUAAUGUCUUAUAUAAUGAGGAUACGGAGGUGUCGAUGGAUAGGGAGGUGUCGAUGGAUAGAGAGGUGUCGAUGGAUAGGGAGGUGUCGAUGGAUAGAGAGGUGUCGACGGAUAGGGAUGUGGUGUCCGUGGCUAAUAGUAUUAGGGAAGUGGUGUCUGUGGCUAUUGCUAUGGUCGAUGAUAUCAGUGAUAAUGAAAUGGACAUGGAUUUCGGGGUUUAG